CAUAUAUACACACAGACCAGCCGGGAGCCAGCAGGGGCAAAACAAAACACCAACCUCAAGACUCAUCACUCCUGGAUCAGCUCAUCCUUGCCUCUUGUGCUCUAGAUAGAUAAGCUUGGUCCUUUCGCAGAGAGGAGGAGGUGGUUGAUAGGUGCAGCGGAUGGAAGGGUUGCAGAGAUCAUCAUCGACUUUCAGAAGGUCUGGCUCGUCAGGCCUGGUCUGGGACGAGCGGUUCCUGACCGAGGACGCCGAGGCGAAGGCUGCUGGCGGUGCGGAUGAGCCCCAGCCGGGGGAACUGCGGCGUUCCCGGAGCGCCGGUGGCGUCGGCACGAUGCUGCGCCGUGCCGGUGGCAGCGAAGAUAAGAAGCAGCAGCAGAAGAAGAAGCAACAACAGGGCCAGAAGAAGGAGGAGCAUGAUCAGCAGGUGUUCCGGACCAAGGACGUGGCCCCGGACGUCGACCCGCCGUCGCCGAGGGUGUCCGGCUGCAUCCUCUGCGCCAUCUUCGGGGGCUCAGGCUCCGGCUCGGCUGCGGCGGCGACGGCGCGCCGAGGCCGGGCCAAGCCGAAGAAGAAGCAACGGUGAUCCGAUCCUUUCUCUGUCUUGAGUGUAAAGUUUGAGCCAUGGAUGUGAGCGUGUUUAUACCGGAGUGAUAUAUACUGAUACGAUGAUAUAUUGGUUUGUACUCUGCUCUCCGUAGUCUAUACGUGUCAGGUUAGUUCCUCUUCUGGUCGAUCGAUUCCUGUAUUCAGAAUUUCAGAUCCAUGAGCAGCUGCUAUUGAGAAUUUGAGAUCCGGGAUGCUCUUGAUCUUGAUCUGGUGCAA